AUGUUUUCUUUUUUAGCACCAACAGUUUUCGAUACACUACCAACUUUUAAAAGUGGUGUUGCAAACCACUAUGGUAAUUGCAUCAACAAUGAUCCAUUUGUCCCUAAGUAUAAAAGAAGGAGGCCAUGUAGCAGCCCUCAACCAAGUCAGUUGAGAGAACUACCAUCGAUAGAUUACAGUCUGGAGAAACGUCCUUACGGUUACCAACUUUCGUUACAGAAAUAUAUUCCAAAAUCAGUACUAUUACACCAACUGGAGAAAAAGUUGCAUACAAUAAAAAACAAUAUUUACAAGCCCAAUUAUGAAAUAGUCACCGAUAUAUUUGGUCAGCAACAUUAUGUGGAAGACCAAUCAACCGAAGAGGCCUAUACGAAUGCGGCUAUUGAAGUUUUAAGGUCUAAUUUGGAUGAAAUCAAAUCUGACUUGGCUAGAGAAAUAUUUAAGCAUUGUCGCUUUUGUCUCGAUAAAGAAAACAACAUUCUAAAGGUGAAGCUGGUUAAUUUAAGUCACGAAUUUCAGUUGGAUGGCUCACUUACAAAGCUCUAUGUAUCGAAUUACAGCAUAAAUGAGGACGACUUAAAAUUCGAUGUUGCUUCUAUAACAAUUCACAUUGAAACAACUGAUGCUAGGGGCUCAGACGACAAUGGAGAGCCGCUUAUAGAGAGUAGUGAUGCAAGUAAAGAGAGUAAAAUCAACUAUUUGAAAAGAAAGGAAGAAAUGUAUAAGAAUAAUCAAAAGAGAACACAUAAUUUGAGGCAUCUAAGGCACAAAAAAAUAAGCCAAGGCAAUCAAGUGCACCUUCAAUGCUAG